UCCGGGACAGCGCGUGUAUCAUACAAACAAACAGAAACCGCGGAAGAGCGAGACUGUUGGAGAAAAUGCUGCGGCGGAGGAAAGACUGUGCAGGCUGGGUGGCAGAGACAUCAUGGCUUCACCUGACAGACAUGGAGGACAUCCGUCCACAUCAAACCCAAAGCUCGCUGUGUCUGAGGAGGACGGAGAGGACCAGCCGUGUCCUGAUGAUGCAGAGAGACUGAAGCAGCAGCAGCUUCUGUGUGGAGAGGAUCUGAAUACAAAGGAGAAGUUAAGUUUCACACCUGAACUGCUGACUGAGUCUGGAAAGACUUCAUACAGGUUCAGGUGUCCUGGUCCAGGUGUGUUCCAGUGUGCUUUGACUGGACUGGUGUUUGUUGUGGCUCAGGAGGCGGAGCUGCUGUACCGGACUGUCCAAUGGGAUGAGAGCCUCCUCCAAUCAGCCGGCAAGACGGCUGCAGGGCUGCUGUUCAGUAUCAAGUGUCCUGAGAACGCUGUCUGUCAGCUCCACCUGCCACACUGUGAAACAAAGGAUGCUCUGCUGCCUGACGGUCUGCUGUCUGUCGUCCACAUCACUGAUGAUGGAAUGAGCAUCCUUGACCCGAUGGAGAUUACAGACACUCAUGUGGUUGUCAGAGUCCCUCACCUCUCUGCCUUCGGCCUAGUCUGGGAUAUCGUUAAGAGGUUGUGGACGACACCAGUUUGCGGCCAAGUUCUGCUGUUCCUCGGACCCCCAAACCCAGAAACACAGAGGCAAAAACUCAAAUUGUUUCUCCUGCCGAGCAACAUCCAUCUGGACGAGGUGAACAAACGACAGCAACAGCGACAUGCUGAGAACAUCGAGGUUCCUUCCACAUGCAUUCUCAUCGCAGAUGAAAGUUACACUGUCGACUGUCCUCAGGCCAUCAAAAUCCAGCCUAAGAAUGCACCUUUUAAACUGCAAUAUGGACCAAAUUACCACCCAACGUUUGAGAUCCGCCUGCCCACAAACACAGAAGAAGUGACUAUAAAGGUCCAAGACCAAAGAAAGUCGGAGGUCUGGGAGCAUGCAGUUGAUCUGAAAGAUCCGGCUCUGCGUGAAGAGAAUCCAGCGAGGCCUCAGAGUGGCUCCCCACGGAGCAGGUUGGCAUCAGUUCGGUCCCAGUUUGUAGAUUCAGUGUCUGAACCUGUUCUGAACCAGUUGCUGGAUCGGCUUUUGCAACGGGGAAUAAUAAAUCAAGAAGAAAUGGAUUCAGCGAUGACCAGGGCUGACAGGGCUCGAGCGGUGAUCGACAUGGUGCGAAACAAAGGAACACAAGCCAGUUCAGCUCUGAUUGAGGACUUCAGGAAGUUGGAUCCACACUGUUCCCAAACUCUGAAUCUGAGCUGAAGCAGAACUGAGACUCUGCAAAGCUUAGUUUCCUUUUUAUUGGCUUCAUCAGAGGGAGAGAAUGAUUUACUUUGAUUAGAGAGGCUGCUCAGUCCUUUUGAACUUUUCCAUGCACAAAUUAAUGCCACAGCAAUUAUUGUAGUUAUAUUCUAUUUAGUGUUUCAUGUUCAGAGUCCCUGCAGGCUUUUUUUUCUUUGGAACAAUAAAGUUGAAAUGAUCAAGAAAUGAGCCUUCAAUAGAGGAAAAAUUCCAGAUUUAAAGAAAUGUUGAAGAUCCAUCUUGUUUAGACACCAGAACACUGAAUCAGUCUGAUGGAAAUCUGGGCUUCCUUAAAAUAAUAUUUCUCUCAUGUUUCUUAUCUUUGUGGGUUUCCUCUGGUUCCCCGGCCUUCAUCCAGUCCUGACAGCAUCAUGUUCACCAGGGUUUGUCUUCUGGACUCAAGUGUUAACUUGUCUUCUGUUGCUUUUCAGUCAGUAAAGAUAAAUUUAACACAAUGGAUGUUUUUGGGGUGAAAUCAGUGACAUAAACUGGCGGCUGGUUCUCAGUAAAACUAGACAGCAGCAUGUUGAUGAACUUCUGCCUGUCAGAAAUCUUUAAACAGCAACUUUUCUUUGAGCACUCAGCAAAAGAAAAGCAUCUUUCACUUUGACUAGACUUUUGUUUUCAGAGGACUGAGUGCUGCCCUGAUACACUCAUGUACUUGUACUUGCAGUAUAUUCUCCAGGCUGAGUACCCAGAAAGCCUGAAGUGUACUUUGGAGUUUCUUCAGAGAGUCAUGCUGCAUGUGAACGGAGAAACACUGAAACCAGAGAUCCUUUCCUUAAAAACAGGCUGUAAACUCUGAAAGCAGCUCAACACACACAGAUUUGUAGUAAAAAGGUCUGCAGACUGGUGGAAACUGUUGGAAACUGUUUGCAGCGCUUUGUGUGUUCUUAGUGUUGAUAAAAGGUUGUACAUUUUAAAAGUUUAUUAACAGGAUGCUAAAGAAUCAGACGGCAGCUUUAAGCAGGAAUCACAGCUUUUACAUUCAUCUCCUUCCUUCUUGGUUUCACUUCAUUUCUCUGAAGAUGAAGCUGCAGAGACUCCAAACACUCGGCAGCUUUAUGUUGUUGUCACAUUCAUGUUGUUGCAGUGACGUGUUGUACAGUAAAGGUUUUAAAUACA